UUAUUUUCUUGGGUCAAAGUCUUAGUUUCUCAAAUUAACAUACAAUGAGCAUAACUGGAAUUGACUACACUAAAAAUUGACUUUUAGAUAAACUCAAUUAGUGUAAUACAUGGGAACAUUUCCAUAAAGAAUCCCCUGUUUGAUGACUGAUAUCAAGAAGAAGCAAAAGAAAAAUGAUUACAAUAAAUAUAAAUAGUAAACAAAAAUAAAAAAAUCCAAACUGAUUAAGAAUAGAUCGAUAUGUUUCCAACAAUAGUGACACAUUAAUUUUUUAAUGACAUGUUGGUAGUUUAACAGAUAAAUAUCAAUCUAUACAAUAACUAUAAUAUUAUUUAACUUAAUGUAGGCUGAUAUUUCUUUAAAAUAUAUUUAUUGUUUUUAUAUAUUUAAGGAAUGUAACGUGAAUAAGUAAGUAGAUCACAGAAUUUGUGAAUGGUGCAUGACUGUGAUUGUAAUUAAGAAAACACUUAAAUCUCUGAAUAUAUAACUGUAUUGAUCUCGAAGACAAUAGAGCACAAAAACCAAAAAGAAAGUAAAACAAGAAGAUGAAGUGUUUUUGUUUGGUUGCGUUUCUAGCAAUUGUGAUCACACAGAGCUAUAACGAUCUAGGAGUAGAAGCAGCGUCGGGGAAUGGUUUCGUGAGAAGGAAAGGCGUCCAGUUUAUUCUCAACGGGAAACCAUUUUACGCCAAUGGAUUCAAUGCCUACUGGCUCACGUACGAAGCCACCGAUCCGGCCACAAGGUUUAAAAUCACCUACGCCUUUCAAAACGCGACCAGUCACGGUCUGACCGUCGCACGCACAUGGGGUUUCCGAGAUGGCGGUUACCGUGCUCUCCAAACCGCCCCUGGUCGCUACGAUGAACUAACGUUUCAGGGUUUGGAUUUUGCGAUAGCCGAAGCAAAAAGACUGGGUAUAAAAAUGAUAAUCACCUUUGUCAAUAACUAUUCCGACUUCGGAGGAAGGAAACAAUACGUGGAGUGGGCUAAAAGUCAAGGCCAAGUCGUAAAUUCAGAAGACGAUUUCUACACAAACCCUCUUGUUAAACAGUUCUUCAAGAACCACGUCAAGACCAUGGUGGACAGAGUGAAUACAUUUACCAAAAUUGCAUACAAAGAUGAACCAACCAUUAUGGCUUGGGAGCUCAUGAACGAACCCCAAUGCAAAGCAGAUCCAAGUGGAAAAACCCUGACGGCUUGGAUUGGUGAAAUGGCUACUUACGUUAAAUCACUUGAUUCAAAACAUCUCCUCUCUACCGGUCUUGAAGGCUUCUAUGGUGACUCUUCUCCUCAAAGAAAAGCUUCUUUGAAUCCAGUUGCAGCCAACGUUCUUGGAACCGAUUUCAUCGCUAAUCACUUUUUCGACGCCAUUGAUUUCGCAUCGAUUCACUCUUACCCUGACUUAUGGUUCCCAAACCUAAAUGAGACAUCUCGAUUGGACUUCUUAGUAAAAUGGCUCGAAGGCCACAUGGAAGAUGCACAAAAGAUUCUUAAAAAGCCUCUAAUCCUAGGAGAAUUCGGGAAACCAUCGAAUACACCAGGCUAUACUCUAGCUCAGAGAGAUGCCGUCUUUAAUGCAACGUUCGACACCAUUUACGCAUCUGCGAAAAAGGGCGGUCCAAUCGCAGGUGCAUUGUUUUGGCACCUUAUUAGCGGCGGUAUGACCAAUUUUGAAGAUCCCCUCUCCAUUGUACUUAGUGACAACACCUCGUCGGUUAAAAUUAUUGGCCACCAGGCACGAAAGUUGGGUUUGAUUGGUGGAAGAGGAAAACUAAGUCACAAAAUCAAAAUCUAGAUAGGGCCUUUAUGUAAUAGUCUACAUUGAAAUUGUACCCCAAUUGAUAUAAUAAUAUUCUUUAAACUUUCUCAUA